UUUAAACUAUUCCUUACGUUGUGGGCAUUUAUGGAGAACCUUUUAUUCUCUGGUUUGCGGGCUGGAUGGCCCGCUCUGGUGUACGUCCUUAAGCAAGAGCGCGUGUACUCACAUUUGUGUACAGAACAUGGUGUACUUGGGAGUAACGUUACACAAACAGGUACCGUCAUCAGCAGAAAGGAACGAGCUCCUAUAGGUAUAACAAUGCAUCAAGCUCUUAAUUCAAAUGCACACGUUGUGAAUACCACUGUGAUCAACGCGAUGUCCUUACUGGGCACGUCAGCUGACAGAUUGGCGACUUCUAAUUGGACGUCUGGUGGCAGCGCUUCUAACAGACUUCCAGAAUAUGCCGUCAACUUGACUAAUCAGGAGCUGACCGGGCAUUUGAAGACCGCAUGUGACGCACAAGACGCCAUCUUUAACCAAUGCUUCACAGUGGCUACAGCCACCAUGGCACUCAGUGGACUGUUGUAUGGACAACUGAAUUACAAAUAUGGAAUCAGGGUGCCACGGGUAUUAUCAGUGUGAGUUGAAAAGUAUAAGAUGAUCUAAAAAUAUCAACUUACAACUUAUUAUACGUAAGUCGUACUUAUGCCCAUCGCAAUUCUUAAACUUUAUUUUUUGAUUGUCUCAGGGAAUGAGCCGAAGAAAGCUAUGUUCCCUCCUGUUCUUAUAGACCAUGCGCUGUUUCACAUAUUACUAUCAUCUAUUUUUCUCUCUUGUCUUUCCCAAUCCUCCGUGAAACUUCUCUUACGCGAGGCUCUCUUUUCAUGUUGUACUUCUAACAUUAAUUAUCUCCCUCUCUUUCUCUCUCUCACAACAAGGCACGCAUCUCUUAUUCUCUCUCAGUAUCUCACUCUCUUUCUCUCUCUCACAACAAGGCACGCAUCUCUUAUUCUCUCUCAGUAUCUCACUCUCUUUCUCUCUCUCACAACAAGGCACGCAUCUCUUAUUCUCUCUCAGUAUCUCACUCUCUUUCUCUCUCUCACAACAAGGCACGCAUCUCUUAUUCUCUCUCAGUAUCUCACUCUCUUUCUCUCUCUCACAACAAGGCACGCAUCUCUUAUUCUCUCUCAGUAUCUCACUCUCUUUCUCUCUCUCACAACAAGGCACGCAUCUCUUAUUCUCUCUCAGUAUCUCACUCUCUUUCUCUCUCUCACAACAAGGCACGCAUCUCUUAUUCUCUCUCAGUAUCUCACUCUCUUUCUCUCUCUCACAACAACGCACGCAUCUCUUAUUCUCUCUCAGUAUCUCACUCUCUUUCUCUCUCUCACAACAACGCACGCAUCUCUUAUUCUCUCUCAGUAUCUCACUCUCUUUCUCUCUCUCACAACAACGCACGCAUCUCUUAUUCUCUCUCAGUAUCUCACUCUCUUUCUCUCUCUCACAACAACGCACGCAUCUCUUAUUCUCUCUCAGUAUCUCACUCUCUUUCUCUCUCUCACAACAACGCACGCAUCUCUUAUUCUCUCUCAGUAUCUCACUCUCUCUCUCUAACGCACUCCUUUUAUGACGUAGUCCUUCACUCUUUGUAUAUAUAAAUGAAUGCAAUGCUUUUCAAUACUCUGGCUUCUACUUUGCUUCGGUCAUUUUGAUCCGUGUGUUUGAGAAUAGCUGGCAUUUUGUACGAAACGCAAUCAACCAAUUUGUAGAAGGAAUAUAGUUCGAACGGACGUUCGUUCAAAUAAAAAUAAGCUCUAAUGAAAUUUAAAUUUAAAAAAAUAAAAAAGACAUUUUCAAGUUCAAGGGGAAAAUCUUAAAUUUUAAAAUAAUUUAAAAAAAUUUUUGUUUUGUUUUUGGGUCCAUUUCUUCGGUUCAAAUAGAAUUCCGUUAAUUUAAUUCUUGUAUACAAAAAGUAUCACCAUUAUUCAUCUCUAGAAGUUGUAAUCCUCUACACUACCAAUACGAACUGCAUGGCCAUAUACUUGAGAAAGUUUCCUCAGUAAAGUACCUGGAUGUUACCCUUCAAAGAGAGGUCGGCUAGGACGAGCAUAUUAACAAUGUAUGUAACCAAGCAAACAAGACCCUGGGGUUCUUAAGGCGAAAUCUGGAUAUUGGCAACUCCUGUGUAAAAGAAAGAGCAUAUAAAGCCUUUGCCCGUCCGAUUUUAGAUUAUGCAUCUUCAGUCUGGGACCCAUUUACCCAGAAGAGCAUUGACAGGUUGUAGGCUGUCCAGCGACGGGUGGCUCGUUUUGUCCUGAACCGAUACAGGAAUAACUCUAGUGUUGGCAGUAUGCUGGAAACACUAGGCUGGUCACCAUUGGAGGAACGACGACGACAAUCCAGGCUCUCCAUCAUGUACAAAAUAAAUAAUGGGCUGGUCCACUGCUCCAGCAUUAAACAGAAACUCGUCCCUCUCCCCCACAGACAUCGACGAGGCCAUGACAGGCAAUUCCGGCUCAUACCAGCAAGAAGCCAGUGUAUGAAUUGCUCAUUCCUGCCCAAGACAAUCAGGGACUGGAACAAGCUUUCAAAAGAAACAGUUGAGGCGACAACACUAGACACAUUUGUGUCUAUUGCCUCAAGCCUUCCAACCCCCAUUGCAUGAUUCCUUCACAAAGUAGCACUUGUAAUCAUUGAAAUAUCCUCAUCAACACCAGGCAGAGAAACAUUGCAAAUCCCCUCUACAUGCAUACGAGCCAAAAUGAUCAAUAAAUUGAUCGUGGGCCCUUAAUAUAUAGAAGAAGAAGAUGAUUAGAAACAGAUAUUCAUUCUUCGAUAAAUUUUGCUUUAAUUUGCUAAAAAUAGUGGACAUUCUUAUUUGAAUUUGUAACACUGAUUUAUAACAACAAAAGCUAUUUUUCAAGCUAAUUAUUGGUAUCAACCCGAAAUGUAAGCCUCAUAUGAUCAAUGACAAGUCACCCAAAGUGGCCUCCAGGUUUCAAGUUACCUCCGUAAAAUGCAUGCAUGAUAUUUCCAUGCCGCUUGAAGAAAGAAAAUCAGCGAAGAAUAAAAAAAAAAAGUCGUAAUACUUCGAGUUGUAACUAUAAAUAUAUGUCACUAUUAAUAUCUGUCACUGCUAAUAUCUGCCACUGCUAAUAUCUGUCACUGCUAAUAUCUGUCACUGCUAAUAUCUGCCACUGCUAAUAUCUGUCACUGCUAAUAUCUGUCACUGCUAAUAUCUGCCACUGCUAAUAUCUGCCACUGCUAAUAUAUGUCUCUGCUAAUAUCUACCACUGCUAAUAUUUGUCUCUGCUAAUAUCUACCACUGCUAAUAUUUGUCACUGCCAAUAUCAGCCACUGCUAAUAUCUGUCACUGCUAAUAUCUAUCUCUGCUGAUAUCUGCACUGCUAAUACCUGUCACUGCUCAUAGCUGUCACUUUUAAUUACUAUCACUGCUAAUAUCUCACACUGCUAAUAUCUGUCACUGUUAAUAUCUGUCGCUGCUAAUAUCUGUCACUGUUAAUAUCUGUCACUGCUAAUAUCUGUCACUGCUAAGGUCUGUCACUGUUAAUAUCUGUCACGGAUAAUAUCUAUCACUGCUAAUAUCUGAAUCUUUCACUUCCAAUAUAACUAUAGCUACGACCAAAUUCAUUUCAAACAAAUUUCCGGUUACCUUGAAAAAUAUCCUCUCAAAAAAUGCUGUUUUUAUUUGUUAAAAUUCCAUGAUUCCCAGAUUUGUUUUCGUGGCUGGCUCUGUUUCCAUAUCAUUUGUGGAUGAAGGUGAGUGAAUAGAUUUGUAUCCAUAUCAUUUGUGGAUGAAGGUGAGUGAAUGGAUUUGUAUCCAUAUCAUUUGUGGAUGAAGGUGAGUGAAUGGAUCUGUAUGAACAUCCUUUUUGAUUAAGGUGAUUGUGGCGUUUUUGUUAAAAUAGUUAUCAACGUGGAUAGUAAAAAGCUUAAACUAAAGUUAAUUUUUUUGUUUUUAAUAAGCAAUUCGUCACACAUUGCCACUAAAAAUAUUUUCCAGCAAUGAUGAUACAUGUAUGUAUAUCUGGCAGACUUUCCAUGGCUGAUCUUCCCUGGUUUUCUCCUUGUAAGUUCAGGUGGAAUGGCACUAUACCUGACCAACAACCAGGUAGGUCAAUGUAAGAGGGCCAUGUAAAGGGGGAGAAAUGGGGACCGCCUAGGGUGCCAGCCUCAGGGGGAACAAAAGCCAAAACCAUCCUUAGAUUUUCAAAGGCAUACGACUAUAUAAUAUAUUAUUUAUUGAUGAAAAGGGGUGGGUAGCCAAUUUUAGAGCUUUUACUCAACACGCUCCUGUAGAUACAUGAAAGUAAAAUGGUUCUCAGCCUGUGGGAAGUGGUUCUCAACCUGUGGGCCACGACGACCCUCCCCCGGAUCGACUGACGACAUUUCAGGGAAUUUCAGAAUAUAUAUUUUAAAAUGAAAUUAUAAUUUGUGAUUGGGCUAUUUUCUUAUUAUUACUACAAUCUGACUACACUCUAGAGACAAAACAAAAAAAUAAUAACAUAAAAUAAUAAUAAUUAAUAAAUAAAAAUGGAUCAUAAAAUAAUUGGUUCUUUCGGUAGAUGUCAACUGUUAAUAGUGUUAAUACUUUGCCAGUGUCUUUACUUUAAAAUAUGACGUGAUUUAAUUGUUUGUUUUUUUAGUAUUGUUAAUUGUUUCCUCUCUUUUUUUUUGGCCUAAACUUAGAGUCUGGCAGCUUCCAGGCAAAAGCUAUGACUAGCUGCGUUAAUUUAUUUUUAGGGAUUGACUUACAUAGGCCCCUCUACAGACCCCCAUCAUUCUUAACCCUUAUUUCUGCUUCCCUCCACCCCUGAUCAAAAUUGCACUACCAACACUAUUUAACUACAAUAAAACAAGUUAUCCCCCUUCUCAUUAACUGUCUCGUAAUCUCAAGGUGUAAUUAUCAUUGUGGGGCCCAGCACUAAAAAGGUUGAGAACCGAUAGGUUAGGAUUUUUUUUAUUUAGCUAUUAGUGUUUAAAUGACCUUCACCUUUGAUGCCUUCGUGUUCGCUGGUGGUUCUAUAAACACACUUUUCUCUUCUCCCCAUUGGGUGAAAGACAGAAAAUUAGAAGAUGACUUUUUUUUUUUUUUGGAACACCCGGACCUGGAAUCGUAAACGCUGGUUUUUUUCGCAAAUACCGCGAUCCGGACCGGAUGAUCCAGCCCUAAUACUGAGUCACCCUGGAACAUGUAGAAUUAGAAGGAUUGAACUCUUCAACUGUGUAGCAAUAAAAACCUCACGAAUGGUUAAAUCUUGACAAUGUCAAUGAAUCAUCUAUGCAUUUUUUAGUUUUUGGUCGUUUAUGAAUGUUGUUUAAUAAUUUUGAGGAGAAGCCAAUUUUGAAUCAUUGAGAUUGUUAUUUUCACAAUGUAAAAUUCAAUUAAAAUGAUGGUAAGUCGUGCGGUCGUAUGUCUUGCGACUUCAAAUACUGGAGAAUAGGGGCACGAGAUUAAACAGGGUUGUAACUCCGAUUUUUGUGAUAGAAUUUUACUGUUUUUGUGAAUUAUCCAGUCAACUGCUAUCGACACAUCAAUUAACUCAUCCAUCCAUCUACCAUCCAUCUACCAUCGAACCAUUCAUCUAACAUUCACACAUACAUUCUCCAACUUAACCAUCCAUCUAUCUACCAUCGAACCAUCCAUCUAACAUUCAUACAUACAUUCUCCAACUUACCCAUCCAUCCAUCUACCAUCGAACCAUCCAUCUAACAUUCAUACAUACAUUCUCCAACUUACCCAUCCAUCCAUCUACCAUCGAACCAUCCAUCUAACUUUCAUACAUACAUUCUCCAACUUACCCAUCCAUCCAUCUACCAUCGAACCACAUAUUUAGCAUUCAUACAUACAUUCACCUACUUACCCAUCCAUCCACCUACCAUCGAACCACCCAUUUAGCAUUCAUACAUACAUUCACCUACUUACCCAUCCAUCCACCUACCAUCGAACCACCCAUUUAACAUUCAUACAUACAUUCACCAACUUACCCAUCCAUCCACCUACCAUCGAACCACCCAUUUAACAUUCAUACAUACAUUCACCAACUUACCCAUCCAUCCAUCUAUCAUCGAACCAUCCAUCUAACAUUCAUACAUACAUUCUCCAACUUACCCAUCCAUCCACCUACCAUCGAACCAUCCAUUUAACAUUCAUACAUACAUUCUCCAACUUACCCAUCCAUCCACCUACCAUCGAACCAUCCAUCUAACAUUCAUUAAUACAUUCUCCAACUUACCCAUCCAUCCACCUACCAUCGAACCAUUCUUGUACUAUACACCAAACAGAUAUCCUAUAUGUUUACGAGAGGUAGUGCGGCUCUAGUGGGUCUCUUGUGUGGAGCUUUGGAGGCUUCGUCAUUUGUACAGACAGUU